CUUAUCUCCACAACUGCAACUACAACUGUUUAAUCUCUCCACUGAAGGGACAUGUUUUCAGAUUGGUUAGGAAGGUGGAAGCUUGGCUGCAGUCAGACGCUAACGGCAGAGAAGUUGCAUCGUCUCACGGGAGAAGAAAGACGUGAGCUCACCUGAACAAGAUUAAGUGGGAGCCAUAAUGGUGAAACUUAAAGAGCAGCUCUGGACGACUCUAUUGGAACUAAAAGACGCCGAGUUCAAGCAGUUCAAGUGGUUCCUGAAGCAUGAUGACAUCCUGGAAGACUUUUCAGGCAUCCCAGAGGCUUUUUUGGAGAAGGCAGAAAGGUGUUACACAGUGGAUCUAAUGGUACAGAAAUAUCAGGAUCCUGGAGCUCUGAAGGUGACCUUAAAGGUGUUAGAAAAGAUCUACAGGAACGAUCUGGUGCAGCGUUUGGAAAAAUCCUUCUCAAGACUUCAAGACCUCAAAAACCAUGACUCUGUUCCUCUCAAAAGUGAUCAUGAAAGAAAGAAGGCCGAGCUGGGGGAUAAAAUUAAGCUGAUGAUCCAGGAGAGACAGAUGAAGAUCAGAGAAAUCAAACACUCCGCAGAGCUCAGCAACAAAUCUGCAGACAAACAUGUCGCAGACAGCGAGCGGGUCUUCGCUGUUUUGUUGCAGUCUGUUAAGAGAAGUUUGACUUAUCUUAUCAAGGCAAUUAAUGAAAAGCGAAAAACAGCACAGAAACAGGCCGACGACUUCAUCCGAGAGCUGGAGCAGGAAAUCUCCGAUUUGACAAAGACAAGCAAUAAGAUGGAGCAACUCUCACGCACCGAAAACCACCUCAACGUCCCCUUUGGCUCACUUCCUCUCACCAAGAACUGGACAGAAGUCAGCGUCCCUCCACCGUCAUAUGGAGGAAGUGUCGGGACAGCUGUGAAUCAGCUGCAGGAAGAAUUCAGCAAAGAGAAAGAGAAGCUGAUCGCCAAGGCCAAGCUGCACAGGGUCCAGCAGUUUGCAAAGGAUGUGACUCUAGAUCCUGAUACAGCAAAUCCCAACCUCAUUUUGUCUGAGGACGGGAAACAGGUUUACUGUGGUGACGUAAAACAAAACCUCCCAGACAACCCAGAAAGAUUUAAUUGUGCCGCAAAUGUCUUGGGAAAGCAGAGCUUCUCUUCAGGAAGAUUUUACUACGAGGCUCAAGUUGAAGGGAAGACUUCUUGGGAUUUAGGUGUCGUCAAAGAGUCUAUCGACAGAAAGCUAUCGGUCACAGCAAACCCUACAAAUGGCUACUGGACGAUAUGUUUAAGGGAUGCAGAUAAGUACAGAACGGCUGCUGUCCAUCUCAGUGUAAAAUAUCCGCCAAAGAAGGUGGGUGUGUUUGUGGAUUACGAGAAGGGUUUGGUCUCCUUUUUUGACGUAGAUUCUGCAGACCUUAUCCACUCCUUUACUGACUGUUCCUUCACGGAGAAACUCUACCCAUUCUUCAGCCCUGGUCUUCAUUAUGAGGGCAAAAACUCAACCCCUCUGAUCGUCUCCCCUGUCAAUUACACUGAUUAGAUUUUCAGCAACUUCACUAUUUCCCCAUAAACUUCAAUAUAUUCAUGUUCAUAUAUUUUGCUAUUUAUGUAUUUUAUCUGUUUUUAAAUGUACAUAACUUCUGGUUUUAAGUGUCUUUGAGUGUCCUGAAAAGCACUAUAGAAAUAAAAUGUAUUAUUAUUAUGAUUAUUACUAAUAAUACGAGAAGAGUAGCUUUGAAACUGUCAGAAAAUGUACUGGGGUUUGGUUGUAGUAACAGAUUGUGCCACUAGAUGGUGCCACUUUCUCUUUGAUGAAAUGGAGUUACAGAUUCGGCCUCACUCUGCUCACUGCUACAGUCUCCAGAGUGAUUAUUUCCCCUAAGGAAGGAGUUGGGAUGUGCAUAUUGAUAUUCAACCACUAAUGUGUGUAUAUAGAAGGUACUACCUGGCAUUGUAUGGUUAAUGAAUACCGCACAAUAAAGUAACAGUGAGAAAA